AUGGAUUUACAUGGCCUCGGCGUGAUGGGGGCCCAAGUGACCACCCCCCACAAGAACAACGAUGAAGAGAAGACGCCGACGACCACAACCACGGAGGCAUCGUCACUCUCAAUCCAAUCCACCCCGACCAACGAGGACCGCCGAUGUCAGGACUUUGAUCCCACGUUGGGCGCAAAGCCCUACUCGCCAUUUUACCCACACGAGUCGCCGACCGCGUCGCGUGAACAACUCACGCUGGAGAUGAAGCACACCGAGCGCGACUGUAGCGGACUUCGAGAUAUCGAGAGUAUCGAUCCAUACCAGACGACCACGAGAACCGAGAGCCCUCGACGGUCCAAGCUGUGGGGAGCAGAUCAGCCGCGCCGCUCAUGCUUACAGUCUCUCACGCCGCGACAACGCUUGGCCUUGAAGGCAGUCAUAGCCAUCGUGAUCGUGGGCACAAUGAUCGCCAUCGCGUUGGGAAUCACGGCUGCGGUGGGUGGAGCCUCCUGGAGAAAGAGCACACAGCAGGUGGCAAUGGGCGGGUGA